UCUGUCUUAGUUGUCAAGUUUUUGGUACAUUUCUCGAGAACAGUUAAGUGCUAUCAUGGUGAAGACGCGCAUGAAUAAAUUUUAACCAAUAAUUCAGCUGGUUGGGAGCAAACGGAUUAGCUUCCUAACUCUUUGGGUUGAAUCUUAUCGGAACAAUUAAUUUUACUAGAAGAAGCAAGAAAAGGAUAGAUAUAUUGGACCCACUUUAUUGAUAGUCCAACUAACAUACACCAAACUAUAACAUCGGUCUAUUAAUAACCCAAAAGUUCAAACCAAACAACAAGACAAUAAAAAGUUCUUACAACACACACUUCUUGUCUGGGAAACAAAAAAAAAGGAAAUUAGAAGAAAAGAGAUCAAUGGAGGAAGAAUACAUAAGAGUGAUAAACAUAACAGUGAUUGGAGUUAUCUCAUGGGGUUUGAUUUUCAUCCUCGUGCGACGAAUCUUCUCAAACUACUCCUUCGACUUCAGCACUCGUAUUGUCUCGACCCUUCACGCCACAGUCGCGGUCGUUUUAGCAACUCUUACGAUUCAAGAUUGUCACUUUGAUCAAGUCCUUAGCAUUGAUAAUGCCGUUCAUCAUUCUGUCUGCAUUCUUGGUUUUGUAGCUGGAUUUUGCUACCGAAAGUGCGCAUCCGAGAUGGUUGCAGCAAUUUGGAUUACAGAGAUCUCAAGUCCAUUCCUUCACCUCAGGGAGAUUCUUAAAGAGAUUGGUUACAGAGACACCGAUCUCAAUCUUGCCGCCGAUGUGUGUUUCGCAACAAUCUUCUCACUCGCGAGAAUGGUGGGUGGACCUUACCUCGUUUACGUCACGAUGGCUGCUGAUAACCCCAUCCUCAUCAAGGCAAUGGCGUUGGGAUUACAACUCGUGAGCGCAUUCUGGUUUUACAAAAUACUGAAGAUGAUGAGAUACAAAAUUAUGAGAAGAUCAAUGCCCAAUACAAAAUCAGAUUAGUUGAAGUUAGUUUAUUAUUUUAUCGAUUAUAAUAUUGGUGAAUUCUGAAUUGUUUGUCAUUUUAAGAAUAUUUGAUUAUUUUUUUAUUUUACAUGAAAAUCUGUGGAAUUCAAAAUGGGAUUAAAAUAAUUAAUAAAUAAAAAGGUUUUUUUUGCAA